UUCUCAGAUCACAUCCGACCUAAAUCGUCAAUUGACUCAACACAUUAAAGGCAUAGAAGGACCUUUUCUGCUACUUUCCAUAUACACCAUCGGGGCCUUCAAAGUCAUCGUCGCAUCGCGUCUUGAAUAGCAUCCUCCCAUUCCGGACGCUUCUAUAUAACUUCUCUGCGACCUCGUUCGAACCACAUUCAUGGUGGCUUACUCUUCGCGUUCCCCCUCCUUCCAGAAGCCAUAUACCUAUCCUGAGCCUCCACGAAAAAUGGCGCGCUUCAGAGCCAGCAAUAUUCUGGGCGACCCUUUUGCGCUCGCGACCACGUCCAUCUCAAUUUUGGCCUGGUUGAUCGCAUUCAUCUCGUCCAUCAUCACUGGCGUACAUGGCGGAUACCCCACCUAUUCGUGGUGGGCUGUUGCUUACUCCUUUUGCUGCAUUGCUGGUAUGGCGCUUGUCUUCGGCACCGAUACUGGUACCGUCUACAACAUAGCGAUCGUGGGGUAUCUUUCCGCUGGUCUUGUUAUUACAACAAUCUCCAUCAACUCGUUAGUGUAUGCGAACAGCGCCGCAUCGCAAGCUGCCGGUGCUGGGUUCAUUCUUUUGGCUAUGGUUAUUAUCAUUUGGAUAUUCUACUUCGGAUCUAGCCCUCAGGCUUCGCAUCGCGGCUUCAUCGAUUCGUUCGCCCUUCAGAAGGAAGGUGCUGGCUCGUAUGGAAAUGGCAGGCCUAUGUCAACCGCCUUCGGCAAUAGACCCGAGACGACAUCCAGCCAGCCCCCGCAGAUGUACACGUCCGCUCAACUCAAUGGCUUCGAGACUUCUUCCCCCGUGUCGGGCUACCCCGGUGGAGCCCCUGGCUCCGAACACCGCAGCUCCUCGCAGCCCCGCUUCGGCAACCCGUCCGCCACGAACCUGCCUAACAAUGGCACACCAGAUGAGGUUCCCCAGCCAACGGAAUAUCCGUACCGUGCGAAGGCCAUCUAUUCGUAUGAGGCCAACCCCGAAGACGCCAAUGAGAUCAGUUUCACCAAGCAUGAGAUUUUGGAGGUGUCCGAUGUGAGCGGUAGAUGGUGGCAGGCCAGGAAGGCCACCGGAGAGACCGGUAUUGCUCCAUCCAACUACCUGAUCUUGCUGUGAUCGAUGCAGAGCAACCCACGGUGUCACGUCCUUUCCUUCUUCUGUCUUUCUGGUCUGUCAUGGUUCUCGCUAUUUUGUCGCGAGAGAAAAAUCAGUUUUUGAUACCCUUCGAGUAGUAUCACUCGGCGUGAUUCUGGUUCGCGAAG